AUGGCUGACAAAAUGUCGACGUACUCGCCGCGGGAUGCCAAAAACACGUCUAUCGAACCCAUGAGCGUUGAUCAAGCUAGAUGGAUCACACUGAAGAAAAUUUGCUACAAGGAUCCCUCUGGUAAAGAAAGAUCGUGGGAGUCGGCUGAGAGACAGACGAGACCCAAGAACAGCACGAUUGAUGCCGUGGGUGUGGUGGCCAUUCUACACGACCCCAACUCCUCCAAGGGACCAUCAAUACUCCUUCAGAAGCAGUUCCGCCCUCCUGUCGACAAAGUCACCAUCGAAGUCCCCUCCGGGCUGAUAGACGAGGGGGAAGACCCAGCUACAGCAGCGAUACGAGAACUGAAGGAGGAAACGGGCUACAUUGCGACGAUACCAAAAGAUGCGAAGGCGGCCGAAGGAUUCGUGAUGUUCAAUGAUCCCGGAUUCUGCAAUACCAAUACCAAGAUGAUCUUUGUCGAGGUGGACAUGACAGAUCCCCGCAAUCAAGAAGGGAACCUCAGGCCCGAGAUGGAAGAGGGCGAGUACAUUGAGAGCUUCACCAUCCCCCUGGACAACUUCUGGAAUGAGCUGGAGAAGUUGGAGAACGAUGGCUACGCAAUUGAUGCUCGUGUUGGAACUCUGGCUCAGGGAAUGGAGAUCGCGAAGAAGUGGAAGGACGUAGUCAACCAAGGAGCAUCGUGA